AUGGGGGUGGGUGACUAUGUUCUCUCUAGAGAAGCUGGGCAGCCUCGCGCCCCCGACAAAGUUGCGGCCCAGUCGCGCCAGCGUCCAGAACAGCCCAGAGUCGAUGUGCCUCCCACUCUAGUCCAUCCAAGCCAUGCAAUUAUCAAUGGCAGAAAUAAUCCUCUGGAAUUUCCUGGAGCCUCUCAAUUCCCGAACCAGCCCCGCACCGUUCCCGCGCAUGCGGUGCAGCGUGAUGUCUUUGAUACUGAUGUCGAGGCGAUUGAUGAUUCAACCAUCGCCGGAACCAGUGUUGCUGGAUUUGAUGAAAACAAAUCUCAAGCAGCAUCAAGUACAAAUGCUGCUUACACCAAUCCUGACCCACAGCCUACAUACCAGCCCCGGCCUGUUCGACAUGCCUACGGGUCUAACUGGUAUGACGGUCUGGGCGACCAAGCCAUGAAAACGAUGGGCUUUGACUCUGAUGAUCUGGUGGGCUUUGAUAGUCCACUGACUUCCGAUGCCGGAGAUGACGAGAAGAUUGAUGAAGGAGCAGCCGGCUGGCAACCGCCGCACAAGCCGCGUACCACAGAGCAGCCGCUGAGCAAACGCUUGGAAAAUUUCUGGUCUCAAAGCAAAAAGAGAACUUCUUCACGGCAGCAUGUCAAUGUGGACUCUGACCCCGAGCGGUCGCAGCCUCAGCCCAAACCUCAGGUCAAGCCACGAAAGUUGGGCCAAAUGCUCCCUCCUACCGGGGCUAAGAAGGUUGUUCUUCCACCCAACGGAUCUGCCACACCCAGGAGCCGAUUCAGUCCACCAAAGCCUUCUCUGCUUGAGCAACUGGACCAAAAGCUUGAUAGAUCACCCACUCGCCAAAACGGUCACCCCCCACCAGAACUUGGUCGGACACUCAGCAUAACGGGCUUCCAAACCGACAGUGACAUUGACGGUAGCGGCAGUGAUGAUGGCAUGGAGCACACCAUUCGUGCCAAUGGAAGACGAGAAAGUGACCAUUCACACAACGUCUUCGAUAUGACCAGUCUGACGGACCUUGAUGCCGACGAAACAAUGCAAGACCCCUUCUAUACCAAUGCCUCAACCAUCAAUAGUUCUACACACGAACCCACGCACGAGUCAGCACAUGAGUCAACCCACGAACCAACGCGUACUUCUACACGUCCCCGUCGCAACACAGUCAUUCAUUCCAAAAAGCGAGAACUUGAAGCAGACUACCCUCCAGACCUGCUGUACCAGAAGUCCUUCUCUGAGCUCCAGGCUGAGCCCUUUGAAAGAAUCCCAACCCCUCCUCCUCCUCCCCCAGUUCAAUCACCUCCUUUGCCCCCCAGAUCAACCUAUAUCCCCGAUACCCAAUUUCCCAAAAAUGCCGUCUCCCACUUGCUCGGCCUGAACGAACAAGAGCGCCAGACAUAUCUAUCCCACAUGUCCACUGAUGAAUGGGAAGACUGUGGCGACCAGAUGAUAGAUCAAUUUACCCACCUGCUAUCUGAAAUGAAGAACCUUCGCCGUGCUCGUCGCCGCACAGCGGCAGUCUUCGAAGCGGAAGUCAAGCGCCGCAAUGACGAAGUCGAGGCUCAGACCUCAGACCUGACGAACAAAUUGACUGAGAUGAGAAGUGGAGGUGCAGAGGUUUUGCGCGGACGCAGCCAAUGA